GAGAGCGCGAGACAGAGAGAGAGAGAGAUAGGACUUCCUCCCCAUUCGCAAAGUGAAGUCACUUCCCAAAAUUAGCUAAAAAAAAGUUUCAUCCGGUUAACUGUCUCUUUUUCGCUCCGCUACAACAACAAACGUGCACCGGGGAGCGAGGGCAGGGCGCUCGCGGGGGGCACGCAGGGAGGGCCCAGGGCGCCAGAGAGGCCGCGCCGGGCUAAUCCGAAGGGGCUGCGAGGUCAGGCUGUAACCGGGUCAAUGUGUGGAAUAUUGGGGGGCUCGGCUGCAGACUUGGCCAAAUGGACGGGACUAUUAAGGAGGCUCUGUCGGUGGUGAGCGACGACCAGUCCCUCUUCGACUCCGCCUACGGAGCGGCGGCCCACCUCCCCAAGGCCGACAUGACCGCCUCCGGGAGCCCCGACUACGGCCAGCCCCACAAGAUCAAUCCCCUUCCCCCGCAGCAGGAGUGGAUGAACCAGCCGGUGAGGGUCAACGUCAAGCGCGAGUACGACCACAUGAACGGGUCCAGGGAGUCUCCGGUGGACUGCAGCGUCAGCAAGUGCGGCAAGCUCGUGGGCGGAGGUGAAUCCAACACCAUGAGCUACAACAGCUACAUGGACGAGAAGAACGGCCCCCCUCCCCCCAACAUGACCACCAACGAGAGGAGGGUCAUCGUCCCCGCAGACCCCACGCUGUGGACUCAGGAGCACGUGCGGCAGUGGCUGGAGUGGGCGAUAAAGGAGUACAGCUUGAUGGAGAUCGACACGUCUUUCUUUCAGAAUAUGGACGGCAAGGAACUGUGUAAACUGAACAAGGAGGACUUCCUCCGAGCCACCUCCCUCUACAACACGGAAGUGCUAUUGUCACAUCUCAGCUACCUCAGGGAAAGUUCACUGUUGGCCUAUAACACAACCUCCCACACGGACCCGUCCUCACGGCUGAAUGUCAAGGAAGACCCUUCCUAUGACUCAGUCAGGAGAGGAGGUUGGGGCAGUAACAUGAAUUCUGGCCUCAACAAAAGUCCCCCCCUUGCUGGAGCACAAACGAUGAGUAAGAAUACUGAACAGCGGCCCCAACCAGAUCCAUAUCAGAUCCUGGGCCCAACCAGCAGUCGCCUAGCCAAUCCUGGGAGCGGGCAAAUCCAGCUGUGGCAGUUCCUCCUGGAGUUGCUCUCGGACAGCGCCAACGCCAGCUGCAUCACCUGGGAGGGGACCAACGGAGAGUUCAAAAUGACGGACCCCGAUGAGGUGGCCCGGCGCUGGGGGGAGCGCAAGAGCAAACCCAACAUGAAUUACGACAAGCUGAGCCGGGCCCUCCGAUACUACUACGAUAAGAACAUUAUGACCAAAGUGCAUGGCAAGAGGUAUGCCUACAAAUUUGACUUCCACGGCAUCGCCCAGGCUCUGCAGCCGCAUCCCACUGAAUCAUCCAUGUACAAGUACCCUUCCGACAUCUCCUACAUGCCUUCCUACCACACCCACCAACAGAAGGUGAACUUUGUCCCUCCCCACCCGUCCUCCAUGCCCGUCACGUCCUCCAGCUUCUUCGGAGCGGCGUCACAAUACUGGACCUCCCCGACGGGGGGCAUCUACCCUAAUCCCAACGUCCCCCGUCACCCCAACACCCACGUGCCCUCACACUUAGGCAGCUACUACUAGAGGCUUCCUCAUCGGCGGCCUUCUCGCUGAAGGCCCCUCCCUUACACCUCCCUUUGGACUUACGUGGCCUUGGAGAGAAAUC